AUGACAUCGCAAAUGGUAGGUAAAAUUUAUGGGGUGGUUCAUGUAGAACAUUUAUUUUUUUGCAAAUUUUGAUCUAUCUUAGAUCUCGCUACCUACUUAGUUUUCAAUUCAAAAAAUUGCGAAAAAUUAAAAAAAAAUAACAAAAACUACGGUAGUUUGCGAAAUGUGUGCAAACACCGAGUAGGCAUUUAAAUUGACGCGCAGGUAUUUUUAUUUAUUUUUUUUGCGCAUCCUCUGAUUUUUGCGACUUUCGAGCUUACGAAUAGAAUUGACGUCACUUUUUUUGUUAGAGCAUCGAGGAUGCGUUGCGGUCAUGCGCUCCGUGUUGCAUUUUCAAAAUUUCCCUCAAAAAAAGUGAUAAUUUGCAGGCCAGCGAUGGAAAUGCGGAUUUAACGAAACUAAAAUUUUACCAUGGUGUUCAAACACGAGAAGACACACAAUUAUUGAUGAAAGAUGCUCAAAUCGGUGAUUUUCUGCUGCGAACCUCGUUUUUGAAACUAGAAGUCAAAAUGAUUGUGUAUUUUUGUAUCAAAGUUUGCGAAAAUGAUAUUCAUCAUUAUUUGAUUGCAUUUCGAAAUUGUCAAAUUGUCAUGAAACAAGAAUUGAUGGAUCGAGAGGGAAUUAAGAAAAUAAUCGAAUCGAAACCGUUUAAUAGUUUUGAUGAGAUGAUUAAUUUUUAUCGGGUAAAUAAGAAACUUUAUCUGCUAUUAACUGUUCAAAAAUUAAAUUAAAAUAAUUUUCAGGUUCACCGUUUGGCAUGUGGAAUUCGAUUAUCUCGAUCCCUAAAUCGUCCAAAAUAUCAAUUGCGAAAUUCGGAAGUUCAUUACGAAGAAAGCGGAAAACUUGGCUCAGGCAAUUUUUGCACAGUCUAUCGAGGAAUAUUAAAACGAGGAAAUCGUGAAGAUAUAGUUGCAAUAAAAGUAUCAAAACAAACCGAACAUCCAGAUCCAGCACAAAUAAUGGAAACAAAAAAAGAAUUAUUUGCUGAAGCAAAAAUAAUGAUUGCAUAUAAUCAUGUGAAUGUCAUCAAAUUAUUUGGCCUCGCUUGUGAUCUACCACCAUUUAUGGUUUGUUUGGAGUUUUGUAAUGGUGGAAGUUUGGAAAGUCAUUUGUAUAAACAUGGAAAUGAGAUGGAAGAAUUUGAAAGACAAACAUUAUUGAUUGAUUCGGCUAGAGGAAUGAGAUAUUUGCAUGCGAAUAAAUGUAUUCAUCGAGAUUUGGCAUCGAGAAAUUGUUUGAUUUCGGCUGAAGGUUUUAUUAAAAUUGCUGAUUUUGGGUUGAGUAAAUCACUUGGAGCUGAUGAAACGAAAUUCAAAGAGGCUUUGAAAGAAGCACCACUUGUGUAAGUUUGAAAAGCGAACUUCUCUGCGUCUCCUCAAUGUAGUUAUGACGUGGCAAUCCAAUUCUUUUUUUUUGCAGCUGGCUGGCUCCGGAAUGCAUCCAAAAAGAAUCGGAAUUCUCGGCAAAAAGUGAUGUUUGGGCAUUUGGUGUUCUAAUGUAUGAAGUAUAUUUCAAUGGUGCAAAACCAUUUUCGGAUGAAAAAGACACAAGUACAUUAAUUCGAAAUAUUCGAAAAGCCAAUAUGCCAUUAAUCGAUAAACGAACAAAAAUCCCAAAAAUGAUUGAACUUCAUUCAUCAAUUUUUACACGAAAACCCGAAGAUCGAAUUGAUUUUCAAACAAUUUUGGAGAAACUCGUCGAUUCGCUCAUUUCACAUGAUCCUUUAAAUUUGGCAAAAAUGGAAGUGAAUAAAUUGGAUGGAGUUGAACGAACUAAAAUGCCCAAUAUUUGUGUGGAACCCGAAAAAAUGCCGAGAAUGUUGGAACCCAAAUCAUCGCAUCACAGUAAUAUGAGCAAUAUGCAUAUGAUGAAGAAACGAGAUAGAAAUACGGGAAAGAAAUGGGCGAAUUAUAAUAAAGAGGAAAAGGCUGGAGGCGGCAAUUCGUGGAGCAAAAAUUCGACAAAAACUCAGAGCUCGUCACAUUGA